AGGAUACUUUUACAAAUUAUAUGGAGGAUACUUUUACAAAUAAUAUGGAACAUUAUUUUACAAAUUAUACAGAAAAUACGUUUAUAUAUCAUAUGGAGAAUUCAUUUAUCAACUCUAUGUGGAAUACGGAAGAUACAUUCUUAAACUAUACGGAAAAUACAUCUAUGAAUAGUGCAAUGCAGAUAAAUACUUCUAAUACCCUAGCUGCUAAUGAAGACACCAGAGUGAAUAAAGACAUAAGAAUAGAUAAAAGUAUUGAAAAUGACUGUGCUAAAUCGGAUGUUGGCUCUUACGAAGCAAUUCAAAACACUGCAAAUCUUGAUAAUUAUACGAAUGAUAAAAAUUCUUGUGAG